CUGAUGAGAGCUGUAGGAGAGAAAACGUAAAGCGGACCGGCGCCCGCGACCAGGCCUGGGGAGUAGCAUCCCGGGGAGGAAAAGAGCGAGGCUUGUGACCUUUCCUCAGUGCCAGGGCUUCGCUUUUGCUCGUCGGUAUCCGUUUCCUUUUCUCGCGUGAAUCGGAGGCCAGUCAGCGUUGCUUGGGUUUUCCUCAGACCAGGCAAGUCAGCCGCCUCUAGGGAGGGCGCCAAGCCUGCAGAGGGGUGCUUUCUGCUUUCGCCCAUCCGCCUGGCAAGUCCACCAGUGUUGACUGGAUCACCAGCACUUCGGUUAGAAAUCUGAAGUAAACAAGAAAGUAUAAUGUCUUCAACGUGGUCUGAAUAUACGAUUGGUGGGGUGAAGAUUAACUUUCCUUGUAAAGCGUAUCCAUCACAGCUUGCUAUGAUGAAUGCUAUUGUCAGAGGAUUAAACAGUAAGCAACAUUGUUUGCUGGAGAGCCCUACAGGAAGUGGGAAGAGCUUAGCUUUACUUUGUUCUGCUUUAGCAUGGCAACAGUCCCUAAGUGGGAAGCCACUGGAUGAAAGCUUAAGUAAAAAAGCUGAAGUACCAUUGUCAUGUUGUUGUACAUGCCAUUCAAAGAAUCUUACAAACAGUGACAUGAACCAAGGAACUUCACAUCAUUUCAACAGUCCAAGUGCACCGCCUUUUGAAAGAAAUCGCACUUCAUCACCUCGCCAAGACUCUCCUGGAAAAACUACACUGGCUGCAAAGUUAUCUAUCAAGAAACAAGCAUCCUUAGACAGAGAUGAAAACGAUGAUUUUCAAGUAGAGAAGAAAAGAAUUCGACCUUUAGAAACUACACAGCAGAUUAGAAAACGUUCGUGUUUUGAAAAAGAAGUACACCAUUUGGAUACAAAAGUUGCUUCAGAAAAGACCACAAAACUCAACUCUCCAUUAGGAAAGAUAAACUCCUUUUCUCCACAAAAGCUCUCUGGUCAGUGCUCUAGGUGCUGUUGUUCUGCUAAACAAGGAAACAAUCAAGAUUCUUCAAAUGCCAUUAAGAAGAAUCAUGGGGGAAAAUCCAAGAUACCAAAAAUAUAUUUUGGGACACGUACACACAAGCAGAUUGCUCAGAUUACUAGAGAGCUCCGGAGGACAGCAUACUCAGGGGUCCCAAUGACUAUUCUUUCCAGCAGGGAUCAUACUUGUGUCCAUCCUGAAGUAGUAGGUAACUUCAACAGAAAUGAAAAGUGCAUGGAAUUGCUGGAUGGAAAAAAUGGCAAAUCCUGCUAUUUCUUUCAUGGUGUUCAUAAAAUCAGUGAUCAACACACAUUACAGACUCUCCCAGGGAUGUGCAAGGCCUGGGAUAUAGAAGAACUUGUCAGUUUGGGGAAAAAAGUAAAGGCGUGUCCAUAUUACACAGCACGAGAACUAAAAGAAGAUGCUGACAUAAUACUUUGUCCCUACAACUAUCUUCUAGAUGCACAAAUAAGGGAAAGUAUGGAUAUUAAUCUGAAAGAACAGGUUGUCAUUUUAGAUGAAGCACAUAACAUUGAGGACUGUGCUCGGGAAUCAGCAAGUUACAGUGUAACAGAAGUUCAGCUUCGCUUUGCUCGAGAUGAACUAGAUAGUAUGGUCAACCAUAACAUAAGGAAGAAAGACCAUGAACCCCUACGAGCUGUGUGCUGCAGCUUCAUUAAUUGGUUAGAAGCAAACCUUGAACAUCUUGUGGAACGGGAUUAUGAAUCAUCCUGUAAAGUAUGGAGUGGAAGUGAAAUGCUCUUAAAUUUACACAAAAUGGGCAUCACCACUGCUACUUUUCCCAUUUUGCAGGGACAUUUUUCUGCUGUCCUUCAAAAAGAAGAAAAAGUCUCAUCAAUUCAUGGUAAAGAAGAGACAAUAGAAGUACCUAUUAUUAGUGCAUCAACUCAAAUAAUGCUCAAAGGACUUUUUAUGGUACUUGACUAUCUUUUUAGGCAAAAUAGCAGGUUUGCAGAUGAUUAUAAAGUUGCUAUUCAACAGACUUACUGUUGGAUAAAUCAGACUGAUACUACAGAUAAAAAUGGGUUCUUUGUUACACCAAAAAAUAAGAAACGUUUACGACAGAAAACUGCAGUUCAUGUGCUAAACUUUUGGUGCUUAAAUCCAGCUGUGGCGUUUUCAGAUAUUAAUGGCAAAGUGUGGACGAUUGUUUUGACAUCUGGGACCUUAUCACCAAUGAAAUCCUUUUCAUCAGAACUUGGUGUUACAUUUACUAUCCAACUGGAGGCCAAUCAUGUCAUUAAUAACUCACAGGUUUGGGUUGGCACCAUUGGGUCUGGCCCCAAGGGUCGGAAUCUCUGCGCUACCUUCCAGCACACAGAAACAUUUGAGUUCCAGGAUGAAGUGGGAGCACUUUUGUUAUCUGUAUGCCAGACUGUGAGCCAAGGAAUUUUGUGUUUCUUGCCAUCUUACAAGUUAUUAGAAAAGUUAAAAGAACGUUGGCUCACCACUGGUUUAUGGUGUAAUCUGGAGUUGGUGAAGACAGUCAUUGUAGAACCACAGGGAGGAGAGAAAACUGAUUUUGAUGAAUUACUUCAGCUAUACUAUGAUGCGAUCAAGUCCAAAGGAGAGAAAGAUGGAGCCCUGCUGGUAGCAGUUUGUCGUGGUAAAGUGAGUGAAGGUCUGGAUUUCUCAGAUGACAAUGCCCGUGCUGUCAUAACAAUAGGAAUUCCUUUUCCCAAUGUGAAAGAUCUGCAGGUUAAUCUAAAGAGACAAUAUAAUGACCAGCAUUCAGAAUUGAGAGGUCUUUUACCUGGUCGUCAAUGGUAUGAAAUUCAAGCAUACAGGGCAUUAAACCAGGCCCUGGGUAGGUGUAUUCGACACAAAAAUGAUUGGGGAGCUCUUAUUCUAGUAGAUGAUCGUUUCAGGAGCAAUCCAAGUCGAUAUAUAUCUGGACUUUCUAAAUGGAUACGGCAGCAGAUUCAGCACCAUUCAACCUUUGAAAGUGCACUGGAGUCCUUGGCUGAAUUUUCCAAAAAGCACCAAAAGGUCACUAAUGUAUUCAAAGAGGAUGGAAAGUAUGUACAGGACAGUGAGUUUACACUGGAAGUGGCCUGUUUGAAGGACAAUGCCUCAACUUAUUUAUUAGAAACAGCAAGUUCUCCAUCACCAGAAAGUCCUACGGAUGGUGAAGCAAAAAUGUGUGUCCAAGAACUACAGUGUCCUAAAAUGAUAACUAAAAGUUCUUCUCUACCAAGCGACAUCACCUCCAGAAAGGAUAAAGAUGAUCCAGUAUUAUUGGAAGAAUCUGCCCAGGCAAUGAAAGCAGAAAAGGUUGUGAUAUCCAGAUCCACAAGCCCAACCUUUAACAAACAAACAAAGAGAAUUAGCUGGUCUAGCUUUAAUUCUUUGGGACAGCAUCUUACUGGUAAAAUUCUGACAACACCACCUAAAUUUAGGUUAUCAGAGGACUGUGCCUCUAGUUCUUCCACUUUCCAAACAGAAAAGGGAUGUAAAACUGAUUUGCCAGUCACAGAUAAAUUUGAGUCCUCAUCUCUAAGCAUAAACACAUCACUUGGACCAUGCACUCAGUCAGAAACCAUUAUUUCAUCAAUAAAUAUUGAUGCUGCUCUUCUUGACAAAGAUCAUUCCAAACAGCUGCUCUGCUGUGAAGAAACUCUGGAUCCAGACAUUGAAUUGUCUCUAGUAAGUGAAGAAACUAAACUUUCCACUUCAAACAGAGAUUGUGAAACAGAAGCAGAAGAUGACUCUAUCUACUUCACACCUGAACUUUAUGACCCUGUAGAUACAAAUGAAGAAAAAAAUGAACUAGUUGAAACUGACGGAGAUAAUAGAUUGGCUAAUAAUUCAAAUUGUGUCCUAGCUGAAGAUCUUUUUGAAGUUAGGACUAUGAAUGGAAUAGAUUCAGUCGGGGAAAUGGAAGCUGAGGAUUGCACAGAUGCCAAAUUGAAUGCAGUCAUGCAUAUUAAAGACAGUAAAGUUGAUGACAUUGGUAGUAAUGUAAAAACUUGUAUAAAUGAAUUUGAACUGGGGGAAACUCGUGAAAUGGAUAUAAAGAACUUUAAACAGUCUUCUUCAAAAAAUAAAGGUCUGUUCCCUGGUGUUAGAUAAUAAUAUUUAACUGUCAAGCUGUAAAAAUAUGUCAUUGUGGUUAUAUUAAACCAUCAUAAAUGAUAAUGUAUACAUUGGAUAAGUGGUGUCAUUUUUUUAAAAUUUGAGAUAUAUUUUCCACUUUAAUUCAUUAUUAUUAGAGUUUUUAAAUGUUCAGAAAUUUAAGUUUUACCAUCCUUGAGUUUUGAUAAAGUGAUUCAUACAAAAUAUUUUUCUCCAACAAGUCUUCCUUAGCUAAAUGCAAUUCAAAAUCAAUCAAUUACACAAAGAUGUGUAGUUGUCUAAGGCACUUUAAAUUUUACAUAAAUAUUUGUAUUUUGUAGUCUUCAUCCACUUGUUUUCAUACUGAUACGUAAACAUUUAUAGCACUCUAAUGCAGGCAUAUCUCAGCCAUGUUUCACUAUAGAUUUUACUUCAAAUUGAUCUGAUUUUUUUUUAGAAAUCUAAGUGUUCUUGAAAAGUUUAUUCCUGUAUUAAACUGCCUACUUAUAAGUAAUUAAGAAUUAAGGAAGAAAACUGCAUGCAUUCUUAAUUGAAAUUGUUUUACAUUUGUUUGAUAAACCAAAAUCAAGCAUAUUUUAAGCAAAUUUCUGUAAAGUUAUAAAAUGCCAAAUGAAGGACUCCAAAUUUUCAAGUCUGAUUAUUUAGCUUCAUCAUCAUUGUGGGGAAAAGUGAAAUGUUCUAGCAUAAAGGCUUUAAUUUUGCAACUGUUAAGAUAGAAAACUUUAUAUGUAAAUUUGAUAAGUAAAUGCAAACAUAUAACUAUAAUUGAAAAAUGUUCCUUUAAAGCUCAGUAAGCCUUUCUGUAAAUUUUGACUUUGUUCAUGUUCUUGUGAAUGAAGCUAUACUUCAGGUCAAAAAUGGUUAUAA